AUGGAGCUGGAGCCGGGAAUCAAUAUCUUAGUUGAUUACAAACUAGAGUUCUCAUUCACAUCAACUCUGAGAUUACAGGCUCGGCAGGUUGGUCUUCAUAGCAGCACAUGGGUCUUCAAGAGGGAGUUCGAUCUCAUGGUUUCCAUUGAGCUUGGUGUUAUUGCUGCACAGACUCAUUUUUCACUAUUAUAUCUUGUUGUUUUUUUCCAAGAUUUUCUAAUGGAAGAUGAACCAAAGAAUUUUAUAAAAAGAAAAGUUGAAUUUGGAAUAAAAUAUAUAAAGGGAAACAAUAUUGACAUGAUAGGGUUGUUUUGUCUCCUUUAUCGAGGUAACAAUAAUGAAGAAUUUAGGGGCAAUUUGGUAUUUUCAAAUAACAUCAAGUCUGAACAAGUGGUGUUAGGAGGAAACGACAAAGAUAACCAAUAGAGGACUAUCUAUACAUGAUAUGUUGCUUAAGGCAUACAUGACAAACAUAAACUAGGAUGCUAUUGUUUUUGUUUCUUUAAACGGUGUUAAAUCAAAGUAGAUUGUUAUUGUUUAUAUUUUAUUGAGGACCUACUUUUGGGAUUAGA